AAAAGAUCCCCAGGGGGGAAACACCCAGUGGUUACGUCUUCGCUGAACAAUCGAAGAGAAAAAUGUUAACACAAAUGUGAUCAGAAAUAAAUUAUAAUCGAGCUAUUUAUAGUGAACAUCGGCCUUACGUCAAGUAGGAUACAAAUAUUCACCAACCAUGAAUCCAUCAAUAUCAAAAAAGAUACUGCUGUUCGAGGCUUACAUAAACGAUACACUGAAGUCCGACCUAUCGAAAUUAUCCGAAAAACUUGAUGAGAAAAAUUCGGAUGUCGCUGAAUUUCUACAACUGAAAAGCAUCAUUAUGACACUCAAGAAUACAAAAUCAAGUGAGACUGGAUUUAAAACAAAAGUUGAUAUUGGAAAUAAUUUUUUUGUUCAGGCUAAAGUCGAGGAUGCCUCACAAAUACUCGUAGACGUCGGCCUAGGUUAUUACGUAGAAUUUAAUCUUGAUGAUGCUUUAGCUUUGAUUGAAGUUAGAAUUAAAUUACUGGAGAUGCAAAUUAAGAAUUUGAGGAUAGAGAUCAGUAAGACUAAUGCACAUAUCAAAUUACUUCUGAUUGGUAUCAGAGAAUUGCAAGGAAUGGAGUAGAGAAGGUGUAAUUUUAUUUUCAAAUCAUUACUAGCAUUAAGUCACGAUUAACGCACCGAUAAUAAAUUCAGUCAUUAUGUUGUACUUUUCGAGUUUGCGUUCAGAAGACUGAAGGUUAGUGAAACAGAUUAAAAAAAUCAACUUCUCUGGAAAAUUUAUUCAAUGUCAAUGUUGAUGAGGAACUGCUCUAUUUGAAGUGCUUUAGGCGAGUAUUUCUCAAUAAAUUAGUUUCUCUCUUAUCAAUUAUUGGAGCUUAUCUGAUAAAGUAGUCAAUCAUUUCUGCAUAAACUGCUUCUCACAAUUAAUGGAAAUGUUCAUGAAGAUAAAAAAAUAGCAAAAUCUUUCCUCAAAUUCAAAUGAACAUGGAAACAAUUUAAUAAUCGACUUAUUCCAGGUUUAUAAUCUCUGUAUAUUGUUUCAGCAUCUUCAUGAGUAAACUGUAUUAUCAUUUAAGUUAUUUAAUUUCUCAUUGUUUUAAUAAAUUUUUGUUAUUUUCUUAAA